CAAGGAUCUUCUUCUUGACGAAGGCGAUGAAAACGGACUACAGGGCAGCACGUCGGCGGGUACAAAUCUGGAAAACUUGUACAGCCCCGCACCUGACUCGGUGCAGAAGUACGGUAGCGGGAGCGGUUUGAAAUUGCCCCUGGACCGAUCCUCGCCCCAGAUGAUGAGCACGAGUCCUCCGUCGAAUUUGCGGUUGCAGAAGUUCGGCGAUAGCCGGGUAAGCAUCGGGACCGCGCAGUCCCCUGGAUGUUGCCCCGAGUCGUCCUUGCGAAAAAUGUCCUCUCACACAGAUUUGGAGCGCGACGCAGCGGCGCACCAGAACUUUUCGCUAAGCGCGAGCGCCAGCUACAAGGAUCUUCAACUGCACGAGCAGAGUGAAGAACAGCGCGCUCUUUUGUUGCACUCUUCAGGCGGCGUUCGCGUUCCAGACGAGUACAGCGGUCAAAAUUACGACCCAACUGGAGCUUCUGGAGGAGGAGGAAGUGGCGUUUUUUCUGCCCGAUCAGAUGCGAUCAAGAGCAAUAGACAAACAGGAGCCCCCUCCCAGAAUUCUGCCAUCUGCCAGGUACACGACGCGGACGUGGUGGGUUUGGAAGCGCAGACGGUGGAACCCCAUUGCUUCCAGUUUGAUGAUGAAAUGGGGAUUUUUUUCCGGUAUCUGCUUGGAAUCGGGUGUCCAUUCGUGCUGAUAUGCUUCGCCGUGAAAGCCGGCAACUCACCCAGCGCGAUAAUUUUGCUGAUCACCCAGGUUUUGACAACGAUGAACAAUUUGGUGAGCCCGUUCUUGCCUGUGUCUCUUUCGAAUACAUGCACUUCGGCCGCACGGCGACUAAAGCAGAAGGUGAACAUGAUUUGCGUAGACACAAGUCGCAUUCCUCGUGCGGGGCGCGUCACCACGUUUUGCUUUGACAAGACCGGUACGCUCACGCACGAUGGCAUGGAGUUCGCGGGCGUUGUGGAUUCGCAGGGGGACGGCUCGGCCGAGCACUUGUACGGUGCGAACAAGGCGGAGUUCAACGCAUUGCUGCACGCAGAGGCGCCGCAGCUGCUGCUUGCACUGGCGUCUUGCCACUCGGUGACGCAGUUGGCGUAUCCUGUGUAAAAACGUCCCCACCCCAGAGUUGUCAUGCAGAUUUGCCACGACAGGAACAUUUGUGAUGCGCAACCCCAUGACAGGCAUUUUCAGUCGUGUUUGGGAACUUGUAAUGCUGUAAACAGGAUCAGAAGGUCGAUUUGUGAUGCGGCCUUCCUUGCUAACUUGCACUACCUUACGGACUGAAACUUGUCGUGCGUGACUCCUAAAACUCCUAGGUUUGUGUUGCAAAGUCCCCAUGUUGACUCUGGUGUGGGGAUGUUUUUACUCAGGAUAUAGCGGACGGAACGGUCAUCGGCAACCCGGUCGAGAAGAGCAUGUUCGAAGCCAUCGGCUGGUAUGGAUGUGUCAGGUUUGAAAUCGUCAAAGUUGAAAUAGUUUGUCAUGCAUAAAACGGAUACCAGUUAGACCUACAGUUUGUAGUCGGCGCAUGACAAAUUUUCCCGGUCCUGGAAGCGAGUCUGUCAUGCGGUUUAGGGCCAAAGAGCUGCCUUCUGUCAUGCUAGUUAGCAGUCCAACUUUUGACCCUUACAAGGACUAUAAUCUGCCUCCCGUGGGUCCUCUGCAAUAGAGUCACUUUUUGUGUCGCAUUUUAUGCAUUACAAAUUAUUUCAACUGUGACGAUUUCAAACCUGACGCUUCCAUAGCUGGGAAGUAGUAGUCGCAGAGCCAGAGCAGUCCGGCGAAGGUGCUAGAACUAUCGAGGAGCGGUCUCCGGGCAGCAGAAGUCCGUGGUCCGAUGAGAUUGAGAGGGAGCAGCAGGAGGCCGCUGACGCUGCGGAGGCGGUGCGCAGAUAUGCAUGCCCGCAUAAUUUGCUGCAUACAGCGAGUACUAGCAUAACAACUUCCGAGGUCGUGCACGAGCGGUUGCAGGUCACCGUUUUGCAAAAGUGGCAAUUUGAUCAACGAAGACAGAGACAAGCGGUGUUGGUGGAAGAAGCUGGCGGAAUCCGAAGGAUUUUCUGCAAAGGGUCCGUGGAACGCGUUGCAGCCGCAUGCCGACCCGAAACAAUUCCAGCUGACGUGUUCGCGCAGACAAAGGUCUACAGCAACCGGGGCUUCUACGUAAUAGCGGUGGCAACGCGGCGACUGGAUGAAGAACCCACUUCUGCAGCGAUUUCUUGCUCGAAGAUCCAGCAGGAGCAGAAUCCUUCCGCGAUCGCAGAAUCCCACAGAAAAAUGGACCGCGACGAGGUGGAGUGCGAUUUGGAGUUUCUCGGGCUGAUGCUCUUCCAGAAUCGCAUCAAGCGGGAAAGCAAGUACGUCAUCGACCGGCUGCAGAAGCGGUUCGGGGUGAACUGCGUCAUGAUCACGGGAGACGCCGUGCACACGGGCGUCACUGCGGCGCGCGAGUGCCAACUACUAGACGACACCAAGAGGAUUUUCGUCGGGGAUCUCGUUUGUGAUGAAAAGGUACUAAAUUUAGGUCUCCCUGACGUGCACUGGGAACACGUGGCGCGCGAGCAGAACGAAGAAGAUUCCUCUUUUGCCCUCGCGGAAACUUUUCCGAAAAGGCACGCCGACUUUAUCUCGUGGAUCCGGGCGCAGGGCGCCAACUGCGGGGAAAACUGCCCUGAUCUGGCACUGACCGAGCGGGCGUACGACCACUUGUUGCAGCUGGCGCCGCAGGGAGCGUUUCCCACCUGGUUUAUGAAGCGGGUCAAGGUGUUCGGGCGCGUGAAACCGGACGGCAAGAAGCGGUUGAUCUUGCACAUCCAGCAGACGGAAAGGGACGGUUUGGUCGGCAUGGUCGGCGACGGGGGUAACGACACGGUCGCGCUCAAGCAAGCGGACAUCGGCGUGGCACUCAUCCACGGUUACGCAAAGAAAACCGAUCACAAGGACGACGAUGAGGAGCAAAGCAGCAAUCAGUCGGUCGUUGCGCCUUUCAUGGUGAGGAGUCGCCCGCCGUGCGAGGAGGACGGCGAAGCGCACGAGGACGGCAUUGCGGCAAUUGUCGCGCUGCUCCUCGAGGGCCGUUGCGCGUUGGAGACCAGCAUGCGCAUUUUCUUGUGGUUUAUCAGUUUCGGCAUCGUCUGGGUGCUCACCAUGAAGGUGCUGAUGCUCCUCUCCAACGCCUUCGCUCCCAUGGCGGCCUGGUUCUACGCAGACGCCUUCCUUACGACGCUCGUGCCCUGGGCUAUGACACUCGCGGAGCCCGCCGAGAGCCAUCUGACAACGCCGCGACGGGGAGCGGAGAACGAGACAGCUGUGAAUAAAGGGUCGCCUGAUAGUACAAUUUCUGUUAAAGCUGAACAAGUGUCGAAAAAUGAAAACAAAGAAGUCCACAAGGCUCUGUCGCGGAGCUGCAGCGCAGACUGCCAAUUGCCACGAAAACCGGUUGUGGUGCCGCCGCCACAAUGCGGGUUUCUGCAUCGGCAUUUUUUGUGGCGACUAGGCUUAGCGGUCAGCGCAGGCAUGUGUACCUUGGCUGUGCCCUACCUGUAUGCGAACCUGUGCGAUUCCGUCGGCUACUUUCGGGUAUACUUCGGCCGCGACGACAUCGAGACGGGAGCGGAAAUCGGACCGCGAACCCAAAACUACGACAACGCGUUAAUAUUUUUGAAUCAGGCGUUUUUCGGGCUUCUGCUGGCUGCAGCGCUUUCCCAAAAGAGCAGGCUCCGUGCGGGCAUGCUACCUAGUCUCUGCGUAAGCAAGAAGGCCACGUCGACUGCAGCAGGAACGGAUUCUAUUUUUUUGCGGUAUAACCGGCGCCGCAAUUGGGUACUGAUAGCGGUUCUGCUUGCCCUCAUGCUGCCGGCACUCGUUCCCGUCAUUUUUGUCCGACCUAACGUGAUUAAUUGCGUUUGGCACAUCAACUGCGACAAUCGCACGUGGCAGGCGAUGUGGGGCUACGAAACGCAAUAUCACGGGCCUGGGCAAAGCGUUAUCAACUUGCAGGAUGACAUCAGGCAACCGGUAUGGGCAUUGUCUACCUCAAGUGUAGUGCAAUUGUCGCCGCCAGCGCCGCGGCCAGAUAGUACACCCAGCGGAAAACUGCAGCUUGCGCUUGUGUUUUCAACUUUUCCCAGCACCUCCCCCGAUCGACAACAACCGCGCCCAGCUCGACAGACGGAUCCCAGUCAAGUGCUCCAGCGGCACCGGCUUCAAUGCAAAAACUUUUUGACGCAAGACGAUCGAGCCUUCUCCUUUCGGGGCAACUCUGUGAAGGCGGAGGGCCUCGAAGUUUACCACUACGCGACGCAAGUACGAGGCCACGCGCAGGCGGGGGAAGAGGGGCGCACGUCGUUGUGCAUGAUUUCUCUAAAGGUUUCAUCUGCAACUACGCAGGGAACCCCGGCCGGGGAGCAGCAAGACGCGGUCGCGGAACCGUCGCCGACAGUUUGCGCGUCCGUGUGUCAGCAGACCUGGCAUGCUGGUCGUCGGAAGGAAGAUUUCGGUUGUCGAUUCUCUCUUUAUUCUACUUCGCAGGGGCGCUGUCUGCUAUUCUCGACGGACGACGUGGGUCUCGCGGAAGGCAUUUUCACACGGCAACCACAAACAAACCUCGCACGCAGAAGCUCGAUGACACUCUUUUCUCGGUCACGCGGCAACUACCAAGGGACGACGCCCGAGGCUCCCACGAGCAGGUCCAGGAUCGUGCACCUCGCUCGCUGGACUGAGCUGGAAAAGGAGGUCCGCGGGGAAAACAUUCCGCUGCCACCAUCCGCUCCGCUGACGCACGUCGGAGAUUGGGUCGUGGAAAGUCUUGAACGACACAACGAAUUUGGCCGGCAGCAAGACAACAGCAGAGACUUUUCCUUUUACGCGGUCUUUGUUGCUACGUACGCGUUCGCAGCUGCAUUACUAUUUGCGGUGUUUGCGGCUUGCUAGGCGAGAACCUGUACCAAAAUGAAGUCACUUGUUUACGAAACGCUCGAAAGAAUCAUGAAGAUAAAUGAAUAUUGAAAAACGUAUAGCCAGUAGCUUUACGAGUAAAAAUGAUCAAGCUUGACGCGGCCAAGCUUAGUGUAGUACAUCGCCAAAUGUACAUGCAAUCCUUGCAAAAAAAUUACGGCGCUGUUGUAGCGAAUACGGUUUUCCAUUUCCGUACUACAUGUCACCGUCGCGACCCAGUAGAAUUAGGCUUUUGAGUGGUUCAAUAGAAGAACUUAUCGAUCAACUCUUUUGGUCUCACCCCCCUCCUUGCAUGUUUUCGUCGAGGCGCGAAGCAUGUAAGAGGCAUCUGCAUCAGUCACCUCAUCUUUCAGUAUCGAAGAAGGUGAUUGCGAUUUUCUGUACGUACUUUUUCUACAACCUAAAAUCAAGUCCUCCCACGCGCAAAGAAAAAGAAGCUGUUGAACCAUGUUAGUAUCUAGAGUUUACGUGCGC